AUGAAACUUUGGACUUUUCUCCCCUGGCUUCCGUGCCUUUUGAUUUGUAUCAUGUGUUUGGGAUCAGAGUGCGGGACCGUCCGGAGAACGGGCAGAUCUAAGAGAGACUUGGUGCGCAUUAGGGAAGCCAGAGCCACCUUCCCUGGGGCUUGCGCCACACGCCAGCCUCGGGGCAAACGCUCCUUGCCCGGGAUGGAUCGGCGGUCGCCUCGCCAGCACCGUCGCUCCUCCCAGGCGGAGGAGAGCACUCCUGGUCGGGGAAAGGCUGUUUAUUUUACCGGCAGAGGAGACCAGCUACGACUGAAGCCUGGCGUGGAGGUACCGAGAGGAAAUUUUACGCUGGAAAUGUGGAUCAAACCAGAGGGAGGGCAGCGAUCGCCCGCAGUAAUUGCAGGCCUUUAUGAUAAGUGUUUCUACGCCUCCAGUGAGCGAGGCUGGCUGCUGGGCAUCAGGGCCGUGAGUGAGCAGGGCAACCGGGACCCGCGCUUCUUCUUCUCCCUCAAGACCGACCGCGCCCACAAGGUCACCUCCAUCGCCGCCAACGCGCGCUACCUGCCCAACCAGUGGUCGCACCUGGCCGUCACGUACGACGGGCAGUACAUGAAGCUCUUCGUGAACGGCGCCCAGGUGGCCGUCAGCCGCGAGCAGUCGGGCGAGGUCUUCAGCCACCUCACCAAGAAGUGCAAGGUGCUGAUGAUCGGCGGGAACGCGCUCAACCACAACUACCGGGGCUCGGUGGAGCUGCUGACGCUGUGGCGCCGGGCGCGGUCCCAGCAGGAGAUCAUGCGGGGCAUGCGGGGCCACCGCCACGGCCAGCCGGACGACCUCUCCCAGCUGGUCAUCCACGAGGGCUUCCACAACGCCUCGCGCAAGUGGCUGACGGUGAAGGACGGCAGCUUCCCCCGGGCGGAGGACCGGGGGCGGGCGGGGCCGGGCGACACGGGCCACGCCCUGGACACCCUGCUGGAGCCGCCGCCCUGCGGGCAGACGGUCUGCGACAACGUGGAGGUGAUCAGCAGCUACAACCGCUUCUGGGCCUUCCGCAGGCCCAAGGCGGUGCGCUACCGCGUGGUGAACGUGCACGACGACGCCCGCCUGAAGCCCACGGUCACCGAGCACCAGAUCCAGCUGCAGCACCAGCACCUGAACGACGCCUUCCGCGUCUACAACAUCACCUGGGAGCUCAGCGUGCACAACGUCUACAACUCGUCCCUGAGGAACCGCCUGGUGCUGGCCAACUGCGACAUCAGCAAGGUGGGCGACGAGGAGUGCGACCCCGAGUGCAACCACACGCUCACCGGCUUCGACGCCGGCUACUGCAAGAAGCUGAAGACCUACUGCCCCGAGGGCAAGCAGGGCAACGGGGUCUGCGACCCGGAGUGCAACUGGGACAACUACUACUACGACAAGGGGGACUGCUGCAACCCCAACAUCACUGACGUCACCAAGACCUGCUUCAACCCCUCCUCCCCUCUCAGAGCGUAUUUGGACGUGAAGGAGCUGAAGGAGAUCCUGAACCUCGACGGCACCAUGCACCUCAACAUCUUCUUCGCCAACUCGUCCGACGAGGACCUGGCGGGAGUGGCGACCUGGCCGUGGGACAAGGAGGCGCUGACGCACCUGGGUGGGAUCGUGCUUAACCCCUCGUUCUACGGCACCUUUGGCCACACGCACACCAUGGUGCACGAGAUCGGGCACAGCCUGGGGCUGUACCACGUGUUCCGCGGCGUCUCGGAGAUCGAGUCGUGCAACGACGCCUGCCUGGAGACGGAGCCAUCGCUGGAGACGGGCGACCUGUGCUCGGACACCAACCCCACGCCCAAACACAAGCAGUGCAGGGACCCCGACCCCGGGAACGACACCUGCGGCCGCCGCCACUUCACCAAGACGCCCUUCAACAACUACAUGAGCUACGCAGACGACGACUGCACGGAUUCCUUCACGCAGAACCAGGUGGCGAGGAUGCACUGCUACCUGGACCUGAUCUACCCGUCGUGGCAGCCCAGCAGCAAGCCCCCGCCCGUCCCCCUGGCCCCUCGCGUGGUGGAGCAGGAGCAGGAUGCGCUGACGCUGGAGUGGUUCCCCGCCAUCACCGGACAUUUCUACGACAGAGAAGUGGGAUCAGUGUGUGACCGAUGCACUGAGGGAAGAGUCCUUCUGCAGUACGCAUCCAACUCCUCCUCCCCCCGGCCCUGUGCCCCAUCUGGAUACUGGAGUCCCCGAGAGGCUGAAGGCCCGCCCGACGUGGAGCAGGCCUGCGAGCCCAGCGUGCGCACGUGGAGCCCCAACGCGGGGGUGGACUCCAGCAGCGUGGGCUCGCCGCCCUGCCCGCUGCAGGGCUGCAUGCUGCAGCUGGAGUUCCCCUACGCCCUGGUGCCCGACUCGCUCACCGUCUGGGUCACCUUCUUCUCGCCGGAGGAGACGGCGCCGCCCGCCAUCCACAACAUCCUGCUGCUGACGGCGGGCGGCGAGAACGUGUCGCUGGGCCCGCGGGACGUGUUCUGCGACGCGCCGCUCACGCUGAGGCUGGACGUGCGGGAGGAGGUGUACGGCGUGCAGUUCUUCACCACCGAGCAGCACCUGGAGAUCGACGCCACGCUGCUGGCCUCCCGGCCCGACUGCCCGCUGUGCCGCUCCUGCCAGCCGCUGCGCUACCGGCUGCUCCGCCAGCCGCCCUUCCCCCACGCCCCCCACGGCCUGCUCCUCUCCCACCCCGGCCGCCGAUACGUCGACAGGGACGUGGAGCCGGGUGGGGAAUACACGUACCAUGUGCUGACUGUGUCUAAGAGAGCGGAGAGCGAACCUUCACCAGCACUAACUCACAAGCUGGGAAUGCCAUACUGCGGGGACGGCCGUAUCCAAAGAUCCCUGGGAGAGCAGUGUGACGACAUGAACUCUGCCAACGGGGACGGCUGCUCCAGUCAGUGUCGGAAGGAACCUCUCUUCAACUGCGUGGAUGAGCCCAGCAUGUGCUAUUUCUACGACGGGGACGGCGUGUGUGAGGAUUUCGAGCGGGAGACGAGCGUGCGGGACUGCGGUCUCUACACGCCCAGCGGGUUUCUGGACCAGUGGGCCGUGUCGGUGGAGGUGUCUCACGAGGAGAGCAUGCACUGCCCGGGUGAGGUUGCCGUGGGCUACCCGGCGGUUACCAAGACGUGCCAGUCGAAGGCCUUCGACCUGUCCAACGGCGUGUCCCAGUACGCCUGGUUCCCCUGCCAGGAGGCCCAGCACGGCUGGAACCUGCAGUACUGGCUCAAGGCAUACUACGCCCAUCCCAUGGUGGCGGCCGCGGUCAUCAUCCACCUGGCUGCGGACGGUACCGGCUACAUUGACCAGACCCAGUGCAACAUCACCGUGGAGCUGGUGGACACCAAGGACCAGACGCACAGCCUAGGUGACUGGCGGCUGAGCUGCAGGAACAACCCCCUGGUGAUCCCGGUGAGCCACGACCUCAGCACGGCCUUCUACCGCACCAAGGCCAUCCAGGUGAAGUUCCGCUCCCACCUGGUGGCCGUGUCCGGGGUGGGGCUGCGCUCCUUCCAGUACUUCGACCCCAUCACCAUCAGCGGCUGCCAGAGCAACGAGAUCUACAACCCCAUGGGCCAGAGCUGCGUGCAUUACUCCUGCGAGCUGGUGGACUGCCAGGAGCCGCUGAUCCGGAACGUGGACAUGAGGUGCAGCGGACCCAGCUUCUACAACGGCGCCCGCUGCUCCGUCACCUGUCACCGCGGUUACGUGCUGCAGGUCCACCGCGACGACGACAUCAUCAAGACCCAGUCGGACUCCACGGUGACCAUCACCUGCGCCGACGGCAAGUGGAACAAGCACGUGACCUGCGAGCCGGUGGACUGCGGCCGGCCGGACAAGUACCACGUCCACCCCGCCAUCUUCCACUUCCCCGAGGGCACCACGUACGGCAAGAAGUGCACCUUCCAGUGUAAAGAGCCGGCGCAGCUCGUGGGCUCCAACAACACCCUGACGUGCAUGGAGGACGGCAUGUGGUCCUUCCCCGCGGCGCUGUGUGAGCUCCGCUGCCCCGCCCCGCCGCCCGUGCCCAACGCCGUGCUCCAGACCAAGCGCUGCAACGCCACCGGCCUCAAGGUCGGCUCCUUCUGCAAGUACAAGUGCAAGCCCGGCUACCACGUGCCCAACACCGACAAGCCCAAGAGGAGGGCGUUUAAGAGGCAGUGCACGGAGGACGGGAGCUGGCAGGAGGGCGCGUGUGAGCCUGUGACCUGCGACCCCCCGCCCCCCAUCUUCCACGGCAUGUACCAGUGCACCAACGGCUUCAAGUUCAACAGCGACUGCUGGAUCAACUGCAACGGAGCCAACCACACGGUGAGACUGCACCCUCCAUGCCAGCAGGGUCCCACCACCAACGUGAUCCGCUGCAGGAAGGAUGGGAACUGGACCGGGUCCUUCAAGGUGUGCCCCCAACUGAAGGGCCAGUGCUCCCUGCCCCAGAACCUCAGCCCCAGCAUGUGGGUCAACUGCAGGCGUGGCCACGGGAUAGGUGAGGAGUGUGAGCUUACCUGCAAGGACAGGAAUAACAACGUGGUCAUCCUGACUGGCAACACGACGGUCGAGUCUGUGAUGAAGGACCACUGGAGGACUCCAGAAAAAGUCAAGAAUAUCGUGUGCACCAUGGGGCUGAAGUGGUACCCCCAGCCCGAAUCUCUGCACUGCAUCAAAGGCUGUGAGCCUUUCAUGGGUGACAAUUACUGUGAUUCCAUCAACAACCGGGCGUUCUGCAACUACGACGGGGGCGACUGCUGCCACUCCACCGUCAAGACUAAGAAGGUGAUCCCGUUCCCCAUGUCCUGUGACAUCAGAGAAGACUGCGCCUGUCGAGACCCCCACGCCCAGGAGAACAUCCCCGGGGGACGGCCGCGCAACCUGGGCUGAGCUCCCCCCCCCACCCCCCGGGCUGAG